AGAUUUUUGUUUUUGGGACGCUUUUUGAACAAAUGGCAGAAAAUAAAAAAAGAGGAGGAAAAAUGCAAGUGUAAUUCAACACUCUUUUGGUCGAUAUGUCGUUCGUAUUUGGAUGAUUCGGCACAUGCGUUCACAGCCGCUUCCCCCCCAAUUUCACUGGAAAGAGCAAUUCUUUUCUUUUUGCAUCUUCUGGCCUUUUGGCGCUUAGUGAUCAGCAAUCUUGCACAAGCACAGAGGAAGGAAUUCUUGUUCAACGUGGAAGGGAAGGAAGGCAUUGGGAAAGCAAUUCCUCUGAAAAAGAACGGGGAGGAGCUCUCACCACUGACCAAAGAGCUUUUACCGUUGUUCCCCAAGAACAUUUGCAAUGGUCCAUUAUUCUACUGCUCUCCUUUCAGCUGCUGUCGUUGGUUUAGCCAGCACAGUGGCAGCUCUUCCCACUGACAUAAAAACCUCAAAGAACGUCGCUGUCGGUAUUCCCGUCCUCCUCGACUCUAACGUACCAUUGAAUACUACCUUCCCUGGGAAUGAAAACGAACUCGUUGACUAUGAAGAUGACCCAUUCCCCGACGAUUUGGAAGUGGAGUUGGAGAACCCUGCCGGCUUGGAAGAACGUGACCUCGAAAAACGAAUGACGGCAACCCAGUACUGGCGUCAGACGUGUGUUGGCCGGCACAACCAAGCUCGCCAGCAGGUUGGCGUGCCACAACUCCAAUACGAUACUGGACUGGAGGCGAAAGCUUGCAAGUGGGGUGCAUAUUUAGCUCAAUACAACAAGUUUGAGCACGGUAGUACGGGGGAGAAUCUGUACAAGGCUUGGUCCAGCCAGGCGUUUGAUGAUACAAAGAAGCUCAAGAGUUGUCAAACUGCCACAGAUUCUUGGUGGAGAGAGAUUUCCUACUACAGAUACGGUCAAAAAGUCGGCACAGGCAACUUCCACGCCUAUGGACACUAUACCCAACUCAUCUGGAAGAAAAGCCAACGCGUCGGCUGCUGCGCACAACGUUCUGGAGAUCGUCGCACCAAUGUUGUCGUGUGCAGAUAUGACCCACCUGGCAACUACAUCAAUCAGUUGCCCUACUAGAUCCGGUCCCCGUUCUACAAGAGUAACCUCUUGCAUUUGAGAUCCCGCCCGUGGCUCGAGUAAUUGUCCAUUUUCUAUGACACAAACACAUCCCCAGAUCUCUUUUCUGCAACGCUGACUAAAGGCAGGCCCUUUAUAGACGUUACAUAACACUACAGUAGACAUGUGUUUUAGAACUAGUGGUAGAUGAUGAUUUUUUUUUAUGCAUUGUUUUGCCUAUUGUUUUCACAAGUUCUGUUUGGCUAUUGAUCUCAGUUCUAGGUAAAUACAAGCCCUUUUCCAGUGAUUUGCGAAUGCGUUUGAAG